AUGACUGUGACCAACAACUUUGGGACAAUGCAUCGGCCGUGUUUCAAUGGAUAUCCAUUUCAAGGUGAUAUGUCGACAGGUCAGGGACGUGUGAACCAACUGGGUGGCGUCUUCAUAAACGGGCGUCCGCUGCCCAACCACAUCCGGCUGAAAAUAGUGGAAAUGGCCGCCGCCGGCGUGCGUCCCUGCGUAAUAUCGCGCCAACUGCGCGUCAGCCAUGGCUGUGUCUCCAAGAUCCUCAAUCGCUACCAGGAAACUGGCUCAAUUCGUCCGGGCGUGAUUGGCGGAUCGAAGCCACGGGUGACGACGCCGGAAGUGGAGCAGCGAAUUGAGGAGUACAAGCGCGAGAAUCCCGGCAUCUUCUCCUGGGAGAUUCGCGAUCGCCUCGUGAAAGAGGGCAUCUGUGAUCGUCCAUCGGCGCCGUCCAUCUCCGCCAUCUCGCGACUCCUCCGCGGCCGCGAUGGUGACGAUGACAAGCGCCUGGGCAUGAGUCCCGAUGGUUCCCUCAAACCCUCCGAUGGAGAGCUCUCGGAUUGCGACAGUGAGCCGGGAAUUCCUCUCAAGAGGAAGCAGAGACGUUCCAGAACCACCUUCACCGCCAUUCAGCUCGAUGAGCUGGAGAGGGCGUUCGAGAGGACACAGUAUCCGGACAUUUACACCCGCGAGGAGCUCGCGCAGAGGACCAAAUUGACAGAGGCGCGCAUCCAAGUGUGGUUCAGCAAUCGCCGAGCGCGGCUCAGGAAGCAAAUCUCGUCGAGCUCAUCAGGAGGUCCUCCCUAUUCGGCAAUCAACAUGGCGAGCUCGCUACCCUACUCUGCAAAUUCGGCAGUUCCCAGCUAUCCCUUGAUGCCACAACCCCUGCCAGAACCGCCCAGUUUCGCUUCAACGGCCUCACAGAUGCAUGACUUCUACUCCUCGCAUUUGCAUCCUGUUCCGGGUCACGGUUCAAGCACACCAGCGUCUUCGGCUUUGACCCAUCCGGCGCACUUGCAUCAAAUACACAAUCCCACUCCGAGCUACGCCCUGCACUCCUCACCUUCGCUGGCCAUUUCGUCAGUGAACAGCUCCAGCAUCAACUCCGGCUCGACCUACACCCCGUCCGAGUCACACGCCCUCAACGGCUCCACCGCGAGCACAUCGUCAACGGCCGGAGGGAACAACAGCCCAACUGCCGCCAGUCACUUCCCCACGUCGGUGAAUCUGCCACCCACGCCAAACAGCCUCGUGACGAUGAUAGGCCCGAACUCUGGGAAUAGCAACAGCAACGAACCCGCAACGGCAUCGGAAGUGGCAAUUGAGGGAGCCACAACGUCGCUGUCGCAGCUCAGCCAGCAUUCCCUGUACUCGCCAUGGAAUCCCGCUGGCCCCACCGCCACCAGGCCCCCCUUGUCCCCCACAGACCACCACGGGGUGCCCGGCACCCGCAGUCCGCUGUACCACAACUUCAGCGGACUGUCGCUGCACCACAACCAAGCGCCCUUCAUGCACCAGCAGAACCUCACCGGCUACUCUUCCCACAACUCCGCCUCGCAGAUCGGCAAGAACUUCGGCAUGCAGCAAUUCUACUCCUGGUAG